GCCCUCCAAAAACCUCCCACAGCUUUUGCCACCACGCUUGUGACUGCACGGCCGUCGUACUCCACUUUUUUUCUUCGUUCUGCAUCUUUAACGCGAAGGGAUAUGUUAAAACGAGGAUAACACAACAGAGAACUUUAUGGACCGAAGACACAUUCAAAUCUGACCCUCUGGAGGAGGCUGAAGUAGGAUGCCAGUCCCCUCUGAGUCCAGUGCUGUGGCGCCCCCUGUCGUGUGAGCGAGGGAAAAAAAAAAAACAAGGCUGGAGGGGCACGAGGCACCAUGGGCAACGCGCCGGAAGAAGGCAUGAACAUGGUGAUUGUUGCCCACUACAACAAUUCGGGCAAGUGGGAGCGGGCGCGGGGCGGCAGCGCAUGCAAGACGGCCGUGCUGCUCCUCAUCUGCGUGCUCAUCGUCCUGGAGAACCUGAUGGUGCUGCUGGCCCUGUGGAGGAACAAGCGCUUCCACAGCCGCAUGUACUUCCUGAUCGGCAACCUGGCGCUGUCCGACCUGCUGGCCGGCGUGGCCUACGUGGUGAACAUCUUCACAUCGGGGAGCAGGACCUACUUCCUGACGCCGGCACAGUGGCUGGCCCGGGAGGGGAGCAUGUUUGUGGCCCUCAGCGCGUCCACCUUCAGCCUCCUGGCCAUCGGGAUUGAGCGGCACAUGACCAUGGUGCGCCUGCGCCCGUGCGAGACGGCGAGCCGCGGCCGCCUCCUGGGCCUGUUGGCGGCCUGCUGGCUCGUCUCGGUGCUGCUCAGCGCCCUGCCCAGCCUCGGGUGGAACUGCUUGGACGACCUGGGCUCGUGCUCCACCGUGCUCCCGCUGUACGCCAAGAGCUACGUGGCGUUCUGCAUCAGCGUCUUCAGCGCCCUGCUGGUGGCCAUCGUCAUCCUCUACAUCCGGAUCUACCGCCUGGUGACGUCCAGCGGGCGCAGGGUGAGCAGCCGGCCUUCCGAGUGUUCCUUGGCCUUGCUGAGGACCGUGGUGAUUGUUCUCGGGGUGUUCGUGGUGUGCUGGGCGCCCCUCUUCCUGCUCCUGCUGUUGGACGUGGGCUGCAGCCCCGACAGGUGCCCCGUUCUCUUCGAGGUGGACUGGUUCAUCGCCCUGGCCGUGCUCAAUUCGGCCCUCAACCCUCUCAUCUACACACUGUCCAGCAGGGAGAUGAGGGCCGCCUUCUUCCGCCUGCUCUGCUGCUGCCACAGCGGCGCGGAGUCCAGUGGGAUGCCCGCGGCGGGUAACCCCAACUUGGGCACCGCGGGGCCCACGGCGGAGAACAGCAAGAGCAGCAUGGGGGGCGGAGGAGGGCUAGGAAAGGCCGCCUUGAACAGAGGGAUGAACUCGGACGUGAAGCACGGGGAUCCCUGCGCCACCGCGCUGCCUCACCCGGCCGGCCCCGCUGAGCUGCUGUCGGCCGUGCUGGUGAAGGCGGGGGCCCUCAGCAAGUUCUGACAGGAAGCACCUUCAAAGAGGCCACAACUUUAGCUACACCUGCACCAUCCAAUGCGCUGUUUACCAACAUUUGUCGAGCCGAUGGCACAUACUGUAUUUUACAUGAGAAAAAUCUCACGGCAGACCACCAAACAAAAAUGCCAACAAAAGUAAUCCUCCACUAAUCGGACCUACAAUUGACACCCAGUUGUUUAAACCAACAACAAAAAAAACAACACCAUUAACAUCAUUUUACCUCAUUAAAUGGCUUACAGAUGUAAAACAAAUAAUAAUAAUAAAAUGCACCUAAGUGUGUGUGUACAUGUAGCAAAGACUCUCCUAACUUUCAUCAACAACCCUGGCUAAACUUGGCUGCUCUCCAACAUACAAAGCUUGCCUCUCAGUCGCGAUGUAAUAUGACUUCAGCACACUUCCUUGAGACCAAUUCAUAUUUAGACAGGACUUUGUUGCAUCUUAGAGCAUUACAGAAAGAGCACAAAAUACAUAAAUACAGUCGGUGAGUUUUUCAGAGAAUAACAGAGGACACAUUUAAAAACAAACAUUUUAAAAAGUUGAAUUCUUGAAAAGUGGGAUUACUGAAGAGCACAGGUGUCAAACGCAAGGCCAGGGUGGGGCAUAAUAGGACCGCCAAACAAAUAAAGUGCUUCGUGUUUCUUGCUAAUUGGAUUUGUUCUUUUCAUUUUGUCCGAUUGACCAAAAUUGCAAUUCUUCUUCACUUUAACCACUUUUGCAAGCAUUUAUUGUCACCAAAUCCCUUCUGAACAUAAAUUGGACAAUAUACAGUAUGCAUACAGUACUAAAAUAUUUGCUUGCCAUUAUUUUCUAUGACUUAUGAUUUCAAAUUGAAUUUAUUGUUAAAAAUAUACAUAAUUAUGAAAUCCAGAACGACUGUACUAUGUGGCCCACAACGAAAAUGAGUUUGACACCCUAUCUUCACCUGUUCGCUGACUUUAAAAAAAAAUGUUAACCUCCAUUGCUCAUUGAAAAACUCCCCUGCUGUAUUUGCUGUUUUGUGCUUGGGUCAAAACCUUGUCUAAUUUAAAAGUAUCGCUUUGGCGCCAUCUUGGUGCCGAAGAACUAUGUUGACAGUGAGGGGUGGAGCUUCAUGUAGACAGACUCUAUCCCCUAUUCAAAAAUGUGAAAUCUGGGCCUGUUUGGCUGAACACAAAGCUGAUGCACAGUGUGAAUGGCAGCAGGUGAAUACACAGAUUACUUGUACCUUAAGCCAUCUAGCAGAAGAGCAUUUCAUUGUUUUGUCACUAUUGGUCGCUUGCAUAGAUACUAUUUGUCGUAAAUAAUAACGUUGGGACCAAUCAAGUGAAAUUGCAUAAUUUCUCGUAACACACCACGGCGUGGAACAAUGGUUGGGAAUCACUGACCUAAUGAGAUCCAAUAGGGAGCUGUAUCAAACAUUUUCUUUUCGAGAGCCCCUUUCACAGUGACUUUCCGAAAAAUCGAAUCGAAAAUUGCGACUUGACAGUCAUGAAAUGCGUGGCGAGAUUAGUGCAACAAGACAAUUGCUUUAUGAGUCUCGACUGACAAAAAUGCGAAAACGCCUUGUUUUACAAAAACGUAAUAGGUUCUUGCUCGAGAACUGUGGAAACCCCCCUACAAACGGUUGGCGAAAAACACAAUACCUCUCACCCUCAUGCAUGGCGGAGGUGACUAAAAGGGCCAUGCCACAAGCAGAAAAAUCCCUUAUUUCCUUUGUAUGCGCCUACGAAAGUAAAGUAUGACCAGUGCAAGUGGACUGUAACAGUAAAAAGUGGAUAACAUCUUGUUGUGACAUUUUUAUUUGGAUCCUCAACAUUGAAUAGAUUCUCGCUUAAGAAAUGUGGCAACCCAAAGUAGAAUUUAUUUUAUUUAUUUAUUUUUUAAAUAGCGACCAAAAUGAUAACCAAACAAGACAUAACCUGCUCCAUUGGCAGCAUUGCCAAUAUUAUACAGCCUAAUAUCUAAUCUAAUAUUUUACCAUAGCUAUACACAAAUUUAAAUAUAUAUAUAUAUAUAUAUAUAUAUUGCAAAAUGAAUCCGUCAAACCUAUUACUGUUCCCUUGGGCCCCUUGAAAGGUCCUAUAAAAAUCUUCGAUCCAGCUCUUGUCUUGGAUGGGGUGUUCCUAAUAUUGUGCCCUUUGCAGGGUGUCGCUUUGAGGGUCACAAUGCACUAGGGUCAGUGUUGUUUGGAUGAAAAUAAAAAGGAAUACAUCCAGAUUCUAGACUUAUGAAAGCCACUAUGUAAAACAAGUGUAAAGUAAACUUAACAUGUUUGCAUUUAAAUGGUCAGUUUCACGGGGAAAGAAAACCUGUCAGUGCUAGUACUUCAAACUUCUGUGGCCGUUUUUUUUUUUUUUUUAAACGUAGCAUCUAUUUGGGCACUUUUUUUUUUUUUUUUUUUUUGCAUGUGCUAUAUGCAACACCUACACAGUCCCCCUCCCCCACCCACCCCACAAGUUGACUAGUAUUUAUUUUCUGUGAAAACAUUUGUUGCUUGAUACAAUCACUGAGGUAAAUUUUGUGCUCUGUGUGCAUAAAAGCCACCACGGUACUGGAACUGUUAAAUGGGACGAUUUGAGAAAGGAACAUGAAAGAAAUGGAGACAAUUAAAUGUCUUUUUUUUUUUUUUUGUAAAGAGGCGAUGAGGCUGCUACUCUUGGACUUACCACUACCGGUGCACAAACCCGUUUGUCCUGAUGGUGGCGUCAAAGCACCACCUCACAAUACUCAGUUUUUCUGCCAGCUAUUUUUUUGUUUUUUUUUGGGUCAAUGUUUGUGUUUCCUCAUCUAGAAACCACUCCGACAUCAACUAACCACUACUAGUGAUUAGCAGUGUUGUAUGGGAAUGAUUUCAUAGUGGUAGUCUGGU